AUAUGUGAUGGAGGAAUUACAGGUUGUAAAGUUGAAGGCAAGGGCAAAAAUGGGGUCUGCAACUUUUAUCGAGGUUCUACUCUCAAUAUUUCUGCCUCCGCUCGGAGUUUUUCUCAGAUAUGGCUGUGCAGUGGAGUUUUGGAUAGAUUUAUUGCUCACAUUUUUGGGUUUCAUUCCGGGAAUUAUAUAUGCUCUCUAUGUUCUUGUGUGAAUUUUUUUAACUAUACACAGAGAAAUAAGGCUCCUUGAUUAUGGUGACCAGGGGGGAAAUGCCCAAUUUUGCCCAUUCAUUUUGGGAAUUGCUUUUGGUUUCGGGUCAUGAAUUGAAAUUUAUUGUUAUGUAUUGAAUUUAUUGUAGAUCUGACAUUUCAUCUGUAAUUUAAUCUUAGAAGAUCCGACUUGAUCAUGGAUAUGAAAUGUAUUGGGUUUUUUCUUAUUUAUA